AACAAUGGCGAGCAAUCUGUGCCGUUUUUUCUCAUCGAGCGCUCUCAAGCUGAACUUCUCCCACACCAGAUCCGAUCCGCUCACUCGCUCCCUGUCGAACCCAGUGAGCCGACUCAUCUGCUCCGCGACUCAGCAGCCCCAUCCGCUCGAAGAAAACCCUAACAAGCCACAAGCAGAGACUACGGAAAAAGAUCUCCCAAACGAAAGCCAGGAAGAAGACGGCGACAACGACGACUACGACGACAGUGGCAAUUUUGUGAAUAAAAUGACUGGCGAGGUCGGUGGGCCCCGUGGUCCGGAGCCCACCCGGUUCGGCGACUGGGAGAAAAACGGCCGGUGCUCUGAUUUCUGAGACUUUAUUGUAUUUUGCUUUGGUGAUGCUAUGUCGUUUUGCCCAAAUCACAUUUUGAUGGUUGGGGUUUCGUAUUUUGAAGAGAAGAAAUAAAAUCAAUUUUACUAUUUUUGUUU